CGACCCGCGCGACGUAUAAAUAUUACGGAUUGUUUCGGUCGAUCAGUCAGUUCGAGAAAAACUCAACUUGAGUUCACUACCAAUAGUUUUGUCUAUUGUUGACGGAAGUUUAGUCAAGAAGGAAGCAACAAGUGAUUUUGUGAUCAAAGAUGGCAUUCAAAUUUGGACUUUUGGGGGCUUUCCUUUUCGUCGCUGCUGUUUCAGCCGUUCCUUUAUCAAAUGAAAUUGAUGGAUCCGAAACUACGACCGAUACCUUAAAAUCUCUUUCAAAAUGUGCCGAAAAUGGCGGACUCACAGGAGUAGUAAACUGCGCUGCCGUCAGGACAUUGAGAUCCCUUCAACUUUUGACCAGACAACCAUCCUUGGAAAUUCUGCCAGGAGUAACACUAAAGAGCGAUGAUACUACAUCCCAGCGUGUAGGCAAAGAACUCUCUGAUGAAGAACUCCCGGCUAAUCCCGAAGAGCGCGCUGAUAAACUCUACGAACUCCUUUUGGAAAACAGCGCUAAAGCCAUCUCUGGUCGCACUCUGCAAGUGAAACUCCCUGAAGAUGUUGCCGUCAAUGUUGCUCGCUCUCUGGAAGAGGCCCGCAAGAAGAAGAAGGGUGGUAUGUUCCCAUUCAUGCUCAAGAUGGGCGGAAAAUUGGUUGCGUUGGUUCCUGCCGUUAUUGCUGGACUCGGUCUUCUGGCUACCAAGGCACUCAUUGUUGCUAAAAUCGCCCUGGUUCUUUCUGCCAUCGUAUUCUUCUCCAGCGGAUUCGGCGGAAAGGGCUCUUCAAUUUUGGGAUCCCUCGGAGGUUUCGGAGGUGGACAUGGUGGAUUCUCAGGUAAUAACUACAAUUAUGGUACUGGUUACGGCAGCUACAGUCCACCAACAUGGACUACUAACUCGGUUGGUAACUCAGGUUCCUACCCGUACGCUCGCUCCAUCGAUGUUGCUGAGAACGCUGCUUCUUCGUCAAACUCCGCACACGAUCUGGCUUACUCCAAACAGCAGUAGAGAGCGCCACGUAGCACAAAGCAGCAGAAAUAUAGCCUGCUUGAAUGUUACCUGUGUAAGAAUCUGACUUCAAACAUAAUCGAGUGUUCCACAUAGCGCAUAGCACUUUGACCACUAGUAUCUAGAGGGCGCAACGCGUCCGACGACCAGUUAUUUAUUACUUAGUAUAAUACAUACAGAAUGUUACACUAAAUUAAAUUAUUUAAAU